CCCCGCCGCUUGCUUUCACCUCCCUCGGGGCUCGAGACACCUGCAGGAAGGGGAGCAGCCAACGGGCAAGACCAGCCGGGGCGGAAAACGAAAGCUGCCCCGUCAUCCUUGCUGCCAAGACCAUGGCUGCAGACAGCCCUGCCGAAAGUUUCCGCGAUGAAGCCUCCUGCUCCAUCUGCCUGGGCUUCUUCCAAGACCCCGUCUCCAUUCAUUGCGGUCACAACUUCUGCCGGGCGUGCAUCACCCGUUGCUGGGAGGAAGCUGAGGAGAAUUUUGCUUGCCCUCAGUGCAAAGAAACGGCCCCACAGAGAAACCUGAGACCGAACCGGGAACUGGCAAAAAUCAUCGAGAUAGCCAAGCGGCUGAGCCUGCAGGCAGCCAAAGGAGGGGCAGGAGGGGAGAGGCUGUGCGACAAGCACCAGGAAGCUCUGAAACUCUUCUGCGAGGAGGAUCAGAUCCCCAUCUGCUUGGUUUGCAGAGAGUCCCAGGCUCACCGAGUCCACGCCGUGGUCCCCAUCGAGGAGGCUGCGGAGGAGUACAAGGAGAAAUUCCAGGCUCAUGUGCAGAUCUUGAAGGACAGAAGAGAAAAGCUGUUGGGGCUGAAAGUGGUCGAGGAAGGGAAAAGCCUGGACUUUCUCGAACGAGUUGAAAUGGAGAGGCAGAAGGUUGUGUCUGAAGUCAAGGAGCUGCACCAGUUUGUGGAGGGACAGGAACGUCUCCUUUUGGACCGCCUGGCAAAGCUGGACCAGGAGAUCAUGAGGAGACAGGAGGAGAACAUCAACAGGCUUUUGGAGGAGAUCUCCUCCAUCGGCGAGCAAAUCCGUGAACUGGAGGAGAAGUGUCAGCAGCCAGUGUGUGAAUUCCUGCAGGACAGCAAAAACAUCUUGAGCAGGCUUGAGAAGGACGAUGCCCAGAAGCCAGCAGAGACAUCACCUGAGAAACCCACCGAUCUUCCUCAGAAAAAUAUUGCCCUCAAAGAGAUGCUGAUGAAAUUUCAAGUAAGUUUGACGCUGGAUCCAGAGACGGCACAUCCCCGGCUCGUCCUGUCUGAGGAUCGCAAGCGUGUGAGAUGGGAAGACACCCGCCAGCCCGUACCCGACAACCCCAAGCGUUUCGACUCCUCUCGUUGCGUCCUGGGUUGCGAGGGUUUCAGCGCGGGGAGGCAUUACUGGGAGGUGGAGGUGGGCGAUGGGGAAGCCUGGGCUGUUGGGGUGGCCAAGGAGUCGGUGAAGAGGAAAGGACGGAUCAGCGUCAACCCCAAGGUGGGGAUCUGGGCGGUGGGGCAGUGUGGGAGCCAGUACCAGGCUCUCACCUCUCCUACCAUCCCCAUCUCCCUGCUCGCUGCCCCCAAGGUGAUUGGGAUUUACCUGGACUACGAGGCAGGGCGAGUGGCGUUUUUUGACUCCAAUAACGAGGCACCGAUCUUCACCUAUCCCCCAACAUCCUUUGCAGGGGAGCAAAUCCUCCCCCUGCUCUGCCUGGGGAGAGGGUGCCAGUUCACGCUCUCUCCCUGACCCCCCAUGGGACAGCAUCCACUCGAGUCUCACCCGCUGGGAUCUUGGGGAGACCACAGGGGCUCAUCACCUCAGCGUGAAGAAUACGCUGUCCAGCAUGGAAAAUUCUCUUUUCCUAUCAUUUAUGUCAGCAAGAAACAUCAGUUGCUUCAGAGCUUGUAAAGGAGGGGGGCUGCUCUGCUGGCCCCCAGAAACCUGCAUUGUUCUGUCAUCAGGUGGCUUUGCCGAUGAUGCUGCCCUGGCGCAUCCAUGCUGAUAAACCCCUUCCAAAAACCUCUCUGUUGGAGGACAGAGGUAGAACUGAGCUGAACACAUGCUGAGCCGGUUCCCAGUUUCUCUUUCCUCCACCCUCUCCGACUGAUCAUGCGUCCCUGCUGUUUGCUGGGCCCAUUUUUUGGCUCACUUAGCUUUCAGCUGCGCGACUGAGCAUAGAUGCUGCGGAUGAUGAUACAAAAGCCUGGAGGACUUCAUGAUGACUUCAGGUUUUAUGUGGUCUCUGACAAGGUGGUAAUAAUCUAAUCCAAGGGCAAGAUAGGCAAGACCUGAUCUGGUGGAAGGGGACUUUAAAUCAUCAGAAUUACCCGCAUCUCUGGUGUGAGCUUGUGUUGGAUAGGUGCUUAGUGCCGUGUGAUGUCCAUAUCUUUGGACACUGUAAGGACUCACCUCUCCAUCCAGGCUAUGGUCCCUCCAGGGUUAGCAAAGAACAGUGGCAAAUUGUAAUUUAUCUCAUCUAGAAACAGCUCGAUAAGGGUAUGUAGGAGAAUUUACUUCUCUCCUCUGAUUAGAGGGAGCCCAGAUUGACUGGAUGGCACGGAGACACUGUAGAUGCCUAAAAGCAAGAGAAAUAAAUCCUUCCCAAGG